AUGUCGGCGACUUCCUCUCCCUCACCGUCGCAGGGCCCCAUUGGCCGCAUCGACGAGGAGAAUCUGCCUCAAGGCCAGUGCCGCUAUAUUUUGUUGACCCCCGGUAUCAAGGGCCAGCGGUGUGCAUGUGUGCGCUUUUCUCUCAACCGCUCAACGCCCGGGGCAAGCUGUGACUGCGGACACAUGGCCUGCUAUCACAUUAAGAGUCCGGAACCAUCCGCUACCCGACAAGAAGUUGAGCUGCUGAAGCGGCGUCUCCAGGUCCUCGAAGAACAACUGGACCAACAUAGACAGGGCGGUCUCGGAACUGUCGUCACCAGGGUGAGCGACUUGGAGGAGCUAGUCGACAAGAGUCGGGAGGAGAUUGGACAGGAAAUCAAAGGGUCAUAUCGUAAUAUCAACAGAGUCUGGCAGUCUGUUGAGCAGCUGGAGCGGCAAACCUCUCAAUUGCAGGAAAACAUGAGGUCUCAGUCGAGUCAUUUAGACAAUGUCGACAACGAGCUGAGAAACAUCAGCAAUCGACAGAUGGAGCUAUUCGAUGCCGAUGAGAGCAUGGAAGAAAGGCUGGAACAGUUGGAGUCUGACCAUGAUUUAUUGGCCAGUCGAGGCAGUCAGCACAUAGAUUCCGAGGCUGCGAUGACUUCGAUGCGUAUCGACGUCCAAAGGCCCGUUUGCCCACGGCAACCUCCAUCUACACCACCUAUCCAGACCGGAGCUCAGAGCCGUUUGAAGGAUAUGCAUGCAGCGCCUCAUGCUUCCCCAACUGCCAGCGCCACUGGGCCUAACGGCAGUUCCCGGGCUUGCGACGCCUGGACGGUACAUAUCUCACUGCUUCCGACAGCCUCUCAGCCCUUUCCGUUCGAAAGAGAUACCAACGCUUAUAAGCGCUGUCUCUCGCGUGGGCUUCAUCGGACGGUGGUUGUUGGCGGUUCCGACUGUGGCUCCUUCAUCGAGGCCGUCACUAGGUCGUUUGGUGGUCUCAUAGAAGGGAGGCCAUGGAUGCCUUUAAAGGCAAAGCUCUGCGACGCUGAAAGGCUUCAGGGGCUUCCGAUGCUACGGCCACUUGAGCCUUGGCUCGUCGACAGUGACUACGACCUCGCGUUCCUGCGAAAGCACUGUGGCGUUUGCGAACCCAGUGGCAAAAUCGAGUCGCUGUACAUCGCAAUGCGCCAGGACAAGCUCUCAUGGCACUUCCUAAGAAACUCUCCCAAAUUCAUAGAUGGACUUGAGGACUGCUGGGUUUACGAUCCUUUCCUAGACCCAGUCAACCUAACUGGAGACGACCGGCCUUCAGCUGGUGACAUUGUUCCGAGUUUUCCGAGUCUCAAACGCGCUGCGUCCGAGAUGUCCCGAACAACCGCGUUGACACCCUCGGCGACAGCCGAUGAAACAGACAGUCCCCGGAGGAAAAAUCCAAGGACUACUUGUCUGCCUACACUGAUCGAGUCACACCGACAACUAGAGACGGUGUAA